AUGGCGAAGAAGGAGGAGGGCAAUGGCUCGGCGGCAAACCGGGCCACAAAGCGGCGCAGGGAUUCGUCUGCCUCGGUCGCCUUGCUGGCCUCGGCGGCGCUCCUGUCCCUCGUCCGGUGCUCCGAAGCUUUCGUACUGGUGCCACCCGCCGCCCAUCGAGCCUUCACGAUAGCGCUCGCACCGGAAGCAACCCACAGCAGCAGCAGCAGCAGCAGCAGGAUUCCCAUGAGAAGAGACGCUAGGCGAGAGCGUAUGGCCACGCUGGGUAAGGUCCGCUGGCAGCAGCCCGUGGAGAGCGGCCGUGGUGCGAGCUUGGUUGCUGCGGGGAGGGGGGCAUGGGGCGAGGAGGUUCCCCAGCAGCAGGGAUCCACUGCUGCUGCUGCUGCGAGCAGGGUGUUCUCGAGAAGCAGCAGCAGGAGCGAGGCGGGCGGCGCUGCUGUUGGAACGCUGCGGAUGGGGGCGGGGCGACAAGGAGGGACGGCGCGCGGGGACAUUGGGAGAAGGCUGGGCAGGGUGCGGCGGGCUGUAUCCCGGGUGUUCAGACGAGGCAACGGGGCCGGCAAGGUCGCUUCGUCGGCGGCGGCGGCGGCGGCCGCAACUGGCGGCGCCGCGGGGGCCCCGCCGCCGACAUCGACGUCGGGGGGUGCGGUGGUGGACAUCGACGACGUGCUGCGGCAGUCGCAGCUCCUGCUGAAGCGCGAGGACGAGGAGGGAUCGGGCGGCAGCAAGCGCGUGCUAAUUUUAAUGUCGGACACGGGAGGGGGGCACCGUGCAUCGGCCCAGGCUCUGAAGGCGGCGUUCGAUGAGCUGUACCCGGGCGCGAUCGACGUGGAUAUCGUCGACCUCUGGACGACGCACGCCCCCUGGCCUUUCAACAAGUUUGUUGAGGCGUACCAGUACAUGGCCAAGCGACCCCCCAUCUGGAAGGCGUUUUGGGAGUACGGUCGCUUCCCCCUCACUCGCAGAAUAACCAACGAGGUUACCAACAUCCAGUGCCACGGGCACUUCCGGUCCGCGCUGGAGGAGUACGAGCCGGACCUGGUGGUGUCGGUGCACCCGCUGUGCCAGGAGGUGCCGAUCCGCGUGAUGAAGAAGAUGGGCGGCGGUGCGAGGGAGAUACCCUUCGUGACCGUCGUCACCGACCUCGGCGGGGCCCACCCGACGUGGUUCCACCGCGACGUGGACGCGUGUUUCGUCCCCAGCGACCGCCUGGCCGUCCUCGCCCGCAACUGCGGCCUCUCCCCGGACAAGAUCCGCCUCCACGGGCUGCCCAUCAGGCCGGGAUUCUGGGGCGAGCAGUCCGCGAAGGCCGACCUGCAGGAGAAGCUGGGGCUCAAGCCGGGCGUCAAGACGUGCCUCGUGGUCGGGGGCGGGGACGGCGUGGGCGGCCUGCAGGGCAUCGCGGACUCGGUCGGGCACAAGCUGGGGGAGGAGAAGGCCGAGACGCAGGUGGUAGUGGUUUGCGGCACGAACAACGAGGUGAAGACUUCCCUGGAGAAGGGAAGCUGGGCCUCGAACGUCCACAUGCACGUCAAGGGCUUCGUGUCCAACAUGGACGAGUGGAUGGGGGCCGUCGACUGCAUCGUGACAAAGGCCGGUCCUGGCACUAUUGCGGAGGCGAUGAUCCGCGGCCUUCCCAUCAUGCUCAGCGCCUUCUUGCCGGGACAGGAGGCCGGCAACGUGCCUUUCGUGACGGAGGGAGGCUUCGGGUCGUUCAGCAAAGACCCGGCCAAGAUUGCCGACACGGUCAGCCGCUGGCUCAGAGACGACGCCCUGCUGGCGGAAAUGAGCAGCAAGGCCAGAGAGGCUAGCCGACCACAGGCCACGUACAAGAUAUGCUCCGACAUCGGCGAGAUGCUAUUCGGUUCUAAGGCCGACUUAGAUGCAGGAAGGAGAGGAGUCAGCACCGUCCCCGCUGGCGCCGGCCUCUCGGUCGCAUGAUUGCUCUGCCAUACAUAUGCGACGGGAUAAGUGGUGUGGAAUUUGUGGCCGCAUCGUGUUUGUGGUGGUUAUUUGUCGGUGGUACAUAGGGCGGCGGCGGUGUGGGGACGUCGACUCGUCGUCAUAGAGCCGAAGCUAGUCUGUGGAGUCGUCGUCGUUUCCCGUUCACUUGGCUUGAGUGAAAUUUGGGGGUUUGGCCAGAAGCCUCCCUGCUGCGGCGCGUAUAACGAUUUUAGCUACCGUCCGAGCGACAGAAAGAACAGAAACCCGUCGGCCUUACGUAGACGGUUUCUUGAUUCGUUGGUCCUUGCGUGCGAUUCCGGCAUCCCGUGGCGUGUGGUCGAUACCGACUUUACAAGGGUCUCUUCACCAGGACCAUGUUGUACGAACUUGCGUCAGCUCGUGCUUUGUGUUGGGUUGAGAGCCGAGCUUUGUUUUUGUUGGACCUAUCCUAUAGCCGCUUUGACUCUGCUUUCGUUUCGUUUCUUGGCGGUUUUCGGUUUCGGUGUGCAUAAAAAAAAAGAAACAUGUACGAUAUUUCAUAUUCCUCGUUUGCGUUACUUCUAUUGAGUGCAUAUAUGAUGUUGCUGUGUUUGGUUGAGAGCGUCGUGUUGUUUUCUGCAUUGACACCAUCACUGAUGGUCCUUUCAGUUUUAGCUUCAGACUAAUAGUUCGAAGUAUUAAUUACUGUGUGAGACGGCUGCUGUGUGGCGUGUGAUUCCUCACUGCUUCAGUAAAAUGGCAACAAGGAGGCUUUUUUUUUGUUU